CUUUUGUGCACUUCAGCACAGAGCCCCCAUACUCUUUACAAAAACGGAAGUGUCAAAACCAGAGACCUCAAACAUCUGUUAUUUUAUUUUACUUUUGGCUUUGAGACCCAAAGGCCAAGUCCAUCAAUUUAACAUUUUUCAAAAUUGUUUAAAGUUUCAUUGAAAGGCAGAGAUGGCAGACAAUAUCAGCAGCAGUCUUCAGACACUCACGACACACAGCUCCAGCAUACCAUAUGACCACACUAAUUAUGAAAAGGAUGGCACCAAUAUUUUCAGCACCAGCCCAGCAUAUGACUACUCUGAUUAUUAUGGCUUUAAUGGUACUAUUGAUGAAACAGAACCCUGCGAUUACCAAACCCAUUCAAACCAGUUCCUCCCAGUGCUCUACUCUCUGUUCUUCGUGGUGGGCUUCCCUGGCAACAUGCUGGUGCUGUGGGUGAUCCUGGGAGGUGCUCAGAUAAAAAGCAUGACUGAUGUGUCUCUCCUGAACCUGGCCAUCGCUGAUCUUCUACUAAUCUUCUCCCUCCCCUUCCUGGCUCACUAUGCCAGAGAUACCUGGGUUUUUGGUAACUUCAUAUGCACUCUGGUCCUCAGUGUGUACUACGUUGGAUUUUAUGCUGGUAUUUUCUUUAUUGUGCUGAUGAGCAUCGACAGAUACUUGGCUAUUGUUCAUGCUGUGUUCGCCUUGAGAAUCCGAACAAAGGCUUUUGGGAUUUUUGCUAGUGUGCUCAUCUGGAUUAUGGCUGUUGCAGCAUCGUUUCCUGAGCUAGUGUAUCUUGGAACUGAAAAGAAUGGUACAAUUUGCACUGCUUAUCCAAAUGAUGGAAUUCACAAGCAUGUGAGAAGCAUAGGUUUUAUUAAAAUGAAUAUUUUGGGCAUGCUGAUUCCACUGAUUAUUGUGGGAUUUUGUUACACCACGGUUCUACGGAGGCUUUUGAUGCUUCGUACAUCCAAGAAACUGGCUAUUCGUCUUGUUGUUGUGGUGAUGGUGGUGUUUUUCUGCUGCUGGAUACCGUACAACAUUGCAGCAUUCCUUAAAGCACUGGAACUGUGGCAAAAGCUGCCUUCAGAUUGUUAUGUUGGCAAGAUGAUGCAGCUGAUGCUACAAGUCACCGAAGCCAUAGCGUACUCGCACAGCUGCCUCAAUCCGUUCCUCUACGUGUUUGUGGGAGAAAAGUUUAAGAGGCACCUCGCCCGGCUCCUCCGUCAAACACCAUGUGUCCAAGUGCAGUGUGUGAAGAGCUACAUGACCCAGGCAGCAGGCUCAGUGUAUUCACAGACCACAAGUGUGGAUGAACGCUCAGUUGGUGUCUGAAUGGUAGAGGUUGUUAAAGAGGUUGUUAAACACCUCAUUUUCGUAAUAUGUGUAUACUGUAUAUAUUGUCACCGCUAGGCGCACUCAGAAUUGAGUUAAGUGUAUGUAGUGAGGAUUUAAUAACUAAAUUGAACAGAUCGGCAUUCAGAAAUAAUUCCAAAGCUAUUCAGAAGUUAAAAGCUGUGCAUGUCUGGUGGAGUUUCAGUAAAGCAGAAUGAUAUCGCACUUGCAUAACCUUCUGAUACUGACAGGAACAUAUCGGUAUUAAAUCUAUUGCCACUGUCUGAAAGUUUUAUAUAAGUACAAUAUAGUAUGGAAUCAUGCAGGCAUAAACUUUUUUUUUUUAUAAAAGAUUUAAGCCUGACAUUCAUAUUCACAUAGAUCUAUAAUUACAAAAUAAAUAAUAUGCAACAAAAAGGGCAUCCUUGAGCAACCCCACAAACACAAAUGCCACAUUGCUUUUCUACAGUUUAACUACCAACACAAUAUUUUUUUAAAGACACCGGCCUUCGCUUUUAUGUUUGUGUCCUCGGAUGUUGUUUCUUCAGGGUCCACUCCAAACAUAAGUUCUUAAUGGUUUCAAAGUCAAAUGUUGCCAAGCAAGAAACACUUUCUUUACUCCCUAUGUUUUCUUUUCUUGCAAAAUCACUGC